AAAGAGCGAGUGGGCAUACUGGUUAUACUGUGCUGCAGUUGCGUGUGAGGUGUGUGGACGAGCGUUGUCAUGUUGCAAGACGGUAUAAAUUCUUCUCAAUACAUACAGACUCUAAAACACCUCCGACGUCAAGUUUGUCGUGUUAGAGGCAGCCUGGAGCCAAUGCAACUGCAGAGACUCUGCGAAACCUGUGAAAUUUAAACAGAUUCCACACCUUCCUUACUCCCCCGAUCUUGCGCCUUGUGACUUUUAUUUUUUCCUCUACUCAAGAGAGACCUCAAGGGUAAUCAUUACACUUGGGACGAUGAGAUGAAGACUGCAUGCCAUGCAGCUGUCAAGUCCUGGAUUCGAGAAAAGUCGGAAGAAUUUUUCAGUGACGGAAUGAAAAAACUUGUUACACGUUGGGAGAAAUGUGUUAACCUUAACGGUGACUAUGUUGAAAAAUAAAUACAUAUAUGAUUUUGAACUUUGACUAUAUGUAUAAUCAUGGACUGCUAGUUGUCGCUUCAGGCUGUAAUCAACAUCACGAGCGCCACCAUAGGAUAAGUGGCAGAAUCCCGGUACUUCAAUGACAUAUUUUGUUUGUAGCACAUCUAUAUUCAUCAACUUAGUGCCUUCGGUAUGGUAUUGUCGGUAUUGUCACAGUAUAUCCUGUGGUAUCAUAUACCGAACGUGCCUAAGAUUUCAACAGUUUGUGUAUAUAUGCUUUAUACAAAAUGUUAAUAUAUUGUCAUAUAGAAGGAUGCAAUUCCACAACAUAUAAGAAAGAAAAAAAUAAAAAUAAGUUCUAUUUUUUCGGAUUUCCAACAAACCUGAUUCUUAGAAAGAAGUGGAUAGAAGCACUUCUGGCUUCUGGUCAGAGUGUACAACGUGUGGGACAGAUAAAAAAGUAUAGUCGAAUAUGCAACUUGCAUUUUGCAACAGAUUGUAUUGAAAAAAAUGGCUUGUCAUAUGUUCGCUUGAAACCAAAUUCUGUACCAACAAUAUUUCCCAAUGCACCAACAGCAAGUGUGGCUGAUAUAAAAAACAUUGAACCGACACUAUCUCUUGAUACACCGGCAACAAGCGUGGCUGAUAUAAAAAAUAUUGACCCAAUGAUAUUUCCCGAUGCAUCGACAGCAAGCGUGGCUGAAAAUAUUGAGCCGACAAAUGCACCACUUUCAAACAUGGAAAUUGAUCAACAUGAAGAGACAAGUAACACUUUAUCAAAACGAAUGUGUUAUGCAGGUGACAUAAAAAUAGAAACAGUUGGAAGCAUGUCACCAAGAACAGUAAUGAAAUCCAUGACAAUAUUAAAGAAGACAUGCAAAGAGAAAAAUAAAAUAAUCAAACGUUUGAGAGUACAACUAUUUCGUCAAAGAAGGAAGAUUAAAAAUUUAGAGACUUUAUUGUGUGAAUUACGAACAAAAGGUCUUCUUUCUUCAACUUCAUCUGACGUUAUACAGAUAAUGAAUUACAAGAGCACGCGAUGAGCAUACAAGUUACAUAUGGAAGAUAAAAAUUUAAUACAUUAGUAAGUGACAUAAAUAUGUUCAUUGACAACUAUUAACCAUUACCUAAUAAUAAAUUCUAUUUUCUUUUUAAUUAUAAAUGUAUAAUUUUUGUUUUGAAGUUAUAGAAUUUAUUGUAUAACGUUAUUAUUUUCAAAGACAUAACUUCACUAAUAAGUUUUUGUUUUUCAAGACGUUGUGAAGUGUUUUGUUUCUUUUAGAAGAGAUUUAUAUGCAUAAAUGAUAACUAUAAACCUUUAUACUAAGCUUUUUUUUAAGAAUUAUAAAAUUAUUUAUAGCUCAGUUAUUUUUGAAAAGUUAUGAAAACUGUGAUAGAUAAAAGUAUUAUGAAGAAUAUGAUAUAAUAGAUGAAAAGUAUGUGAUAAGUAAAAAUAUUGUACAUGUAUACUAUACAUAUAAUAUAUGUGUAUAUUUGUGUUCUCUGCUAUAAUUAUAGUUUCCUAGCACAACGUUUAGUUCUUUGUACUUAUAGUGUAUACAUAUAUAUUAUAUAUUGAAAAACU